AUGGAGGGCACUGCGAAGAGCAGGCCGAGGGAAGCAGAGUCGCCAGUCUGCCGAGCGGCGGUUGCCUCGGCUCUGGCUCUCUUGUUUGUAGUACUCAGCAUGUCCUCCUCGUUCACCUGUGAACAGUGUUCAGGAACGGUGGCCAUCAUUGGCGCGGAGGCGCAUUCGGGCGGGCUUGAAAAGCAGAGGAUAAGUAAGGAGAAGCAAGAGGGUGCCGAAGCCGAGCUCGGCGGGGCAUUUGACCUGCUAGAUCCUGAGAUUGACGCAGGAAGCGCUGGAGAGGAGAUCAGUUUGGGCCACGGGGGGCCUGAGAACCAUGAAGACGAUGCAGAAAACAAGAGCCACAUGGACGACGACCAAGAAAGAACGGCGAGCCGCCGGGCGCGAAAAGAGAAGGAAGCUGCUCUCAUUUCCACGAUGAAAGAGCUCCUUGAGGAAAACAGCGAAUACCGAAAGAUGGAAGCACAAAGAGAGCGAGAGAAACUUCUUUCGCGAUACAAGGCAGAGGAAGGUGGCUUAGAUGCAGAAGGCUCCCCGAUCUAUAACAAAGAGACCAAGAAGUUUUUGAAAGUGCAAAAGAGAAAAGGUUUGGUGGAGGGUGGUGCGAUUACUAGCGGUACAUUGGCGGCGGCGGGUCUGACCGGCCUACUGCUGGCAAACCGCAAAGGAGAUUUUCUCGAGGGAGAUGCUCGUCAAUCGCGCAGCAAAACGAAUCUUGCCCUCACGGCGAGCAGUAUCGUUGGGGCCCUCGGUCUUGCCCUAUCUCUCUUGCAACGGCGUCGAUACAAGGAGAAGCUCACCCAGCUCGAGCGCAGGCUCCUGCGCAUGGAGAAGGAAGCACAGGCUGGACACAUGCCUGAGAACGAAGCAUUUUUUGGGCUGGACGAGGAGACCCCUGAGCAGAAGCGGAAAAGGUUAAAAAAAUUGCGGGCGUCGGACACGCGAGAUAGACGAUGA